GCAAAUGGAUCCCGGAGACGUGCUUCCUUGCAGGCGUCCUCUUUCCCGAUCCGCUCCUUUGUGCUCCAGCCCCUCUCUUGUGAGGAGGACUCAGGGCUCAGGAGUUGCCCUUCCGUUGCCCCCUUGCAAUCGGCCUGAUGGCAGAGGAGGUCCCCCACCCUCCCCCCCUCCCCCUAGGCCCCCCCACCCUUUCCUGUGUGCAAAAAGCCCACAACCGGGUCUUUGCGUGCGAGGCUUCUCCGACGUGUGUUAUGCAAGGCCACCAGACCGCCUCACUCUCUCUUCUGUCUGCCUGGCUGCCUCUCUCCCUCCGUGUUCUCCCUCCUCUUCCUCCCUGACUCUCUCCCUCAGUACUCCAACUGACACGGCUCCUCCCCCUCCGCCAGCCCCAUCAGCCAUCAGGCAAAUCUCCAUCUAA